CGCCGCGGGGGCGCCUUCACACCCACUCCGUGUCCCGAGGCCGCUCGGGACAUCCCGCCGCCCUGCGAAUAGCGAUAAUCCCCGAUUUUCACAGAGUCUCGGCCGCUUCCUGGAGUUUUUCCCCGUUUUUCUUCUUUUUCCCAAACCCGUGCCCCUCCUCUGCGCGGCGGGCGGAUGGUUCAGCCCCUCAUGGAUGGUGCAGCGCCAACAUGGCCGCCACCAUGAAGAAGGCGGCUGCAGAAGAUGUCAAUGUCACCUUUGAAGAUCAACAGAAAAUUAACAAGUUUGCAAGAAACACCAGCAGGAUCACAGAGCUGAAAGAAGAAAUAGAAGUGAAAAAGAAGCAGCUGCAGAACCUGGAGGAUGCCUGUGAUGACAUCAUGCUGCUGGAUGAUGCUGACUCCCACCUGAUUCCCUACCAGAUCGGGGAUGUCUUCAUCAGUCACUCCCUGGAGGAGACUCAGGAGAUGCUGGAGGAGGCCAAGAGGAGUUUACAGGAGGAAAUUGAGGCGCUGGAAUCCCGAGUGGAGUCCAUCCAGAGCGUGCUGUCUGACCUCAAAGUCCAGCUCUAUGCAAAGUUUGGGAAUAACAUAAACCUGGAGGCUGAGGACAGUUAAAGCUUUUCUAAACACAACACCCAACCUUUCCUUAGGUUAUUAAUGUUUUGAUAACAUUGCUGCAAUUAUAUUUGAGAACAGAAAAUCCAUCCCUUUCUUUUUGUUGGUUGGUUUUUUUUUUAUAUACUUCCUGUAAAGUUCUGUAUAUUUAAUAAGAACUUUCUUAUUUUGGUUAUUGCAGUUAUUUAUUUAUAUAUAUCAGGAAAACACUGACUUCACAUUGCUGGUAAAGCAUCAGUAUUGGAAUAUCUGCAUUGUUUAUUAAGGCAAUAAAGCCAGGCAUGUAUUGGA